AUGUAAAAAAAUAUUGAUGACGAAGAUGUUGACCCAUGCUAAUUUAUAAAAAAUUUAGAUACAGGAGAUACGUAUAGUGUUAACAAUUUUGGUGAAUUAGAUAUUGAAAUUAAGCAAUACAAGCCUUUAAAUUAGAAAAAAGAAAGGUGGAAGACCUUUUGGAACAGAAUGGAAGAAAUAAAUGAAAAAUUGUAUGAUGCUUGUGAAAAAGGAGAAGAAGAAGUUGUUUCUAAUUUGCUGAAAGAUUAAAUUGAGUUAAAAUAAUAAGUUUAAUAAUAAAAUCGGUCAUACAAUUCCAGUUUAGUUGGAGAGGAUUAUCAGGAAUUUAUUGGAUUGAUAAAUAUUGAUUGUAAAGGCUUGGAUGAUUGGACAGCACUACAUCAUGCUGUGAAUAAUAGAAGAGUGGGAAUAGUUAAACUAUUGCUAGAUUCUAAAGCUAAUCCUAAUUUAUGUACAUUAAUGAAGAGGACUCCAUUGCAUCUAGCAUGUUUGAGAAGAAGUCUAGAAAUCGUAAAACUUCUAGUGCAAUAUAAAGUGGAUUUGAAUUGCCAAGAUUCUGAUUUAAAUUCUCCUUUGCACAUAAGUUCCGAAAUAGGAUUUGUUUAAAUUGUGGAAUUUUUGUUGAUUAACGGGGCAGAUGCCACUUUGAAGAAUUGCCAAUAAAAGUCUCCUUAUGAUGUGACCAUGUCCCCAGAAGUGAGGAAGCUUCUCGAAAAGUAUGUUCCUAAUACUGAAGGCUAUCAAUCGAGAUCUUUGAUUGGAGGAUAAGUAGUAAGAAACUCGAGAGCUGAUCAUAUUGAAAGACUACUAGGUAAAGUCAAUGAAUUAUCCAAAAUGGAGAUCUUGAAACAGUAACAACAGUAGUAGUAGAUGAAUUAAAAGGACAAACAAGUUAGCACUCCAUAACCUAUAUCUUAAUUUGUGGAUGUUAGUGUGAAUGCUUCUUCCCCGGAUGGUUAUAUAUUUCAUAAAUUACUUGGGAAGGGCAGCUUUGGAGAAGUAUACUUCGCCUCAAGAAAAUAGGAUGGAGAAUAGUAUGCCAUCAAAACACUUUGUAAAGAGAGGGUUUUGACUAAAAAUCUAACUAGAUAUGCUCAAACAGAGAAGAAUGUUCUCAGUGUUAUGAAACAUCCUUUUAUUGUUAGAUUGCAUGCAGCCUUUCAAAAUUCAUCAAAGUUGUUUAUGGUUCUUGAUUAUUGUCCAGGAGGUGAUCUAGGAUAAUUAUUAACCAAACAAGUUAAGCUUACUGAAGAAGUGGCCAGAUUUUAUAUAUGCGAAGUGAUUUUGGCCUUGGAAUCAUUGCACAAAAACUGUAUCAUCUUUAGGGAUCUGAAACCAGACAAUGUGGUAUUGGAUAGUAAAGGACAUGCUAAAUUAACUGAUUUUGGAUUAUCAAAGGAAGGAGUUUAUGACAAUAUUACUAAAAGUUUUUGCGGUUCCAUAGCUUAUCUUGCACCUGAAGUUCUGAUGAAGAGAGGCCAUUCAAGAACAGUUGAUUGGUAUCUUGUAGGAGUCCUUCUUUAUGAAAUGAUCGUUGGAAUGCCACCAUAUUAUAAUUAAGACAGAGAAAUGUUAUUUGAGAAUAUCAAAAAAGGAGUUCUUAGAAUUCCAAAAACGAUGAGUGAAGAAGCUAAGGAUUUGAUUAGAUCUCUGUUAGUCAGAGAUCCCUCUUAAAGAUUAGGAGCUAAGGCAGAUGCUGAAGAAUUAAAGAAGCAUUCCUUUUUCAAAAGUAUCAAUUGGGACGAUAUCUAUAAUAAAGUGUAAGAUGGUCCAUUCAUUGAAAAGGAUAAUACAAAAUAAUGGGUUAGAGAAACGAUUGAUAUGAAAUUUGGUGAUCAACCUCAAUCUAAUCAAAGGAUAUCCGAUUGGUCUUUUAUUUAAUGA